CUGCGCACUUAAUCAGAUCCAAAUUUAUAGGUGACAGACAGCAGCGAUGCGAGUUAGCGAACAGCUGAUUGGCAUAUUAAUAACAUUUUCAAAUUGAUGGAACAAAAAUGGAUAGAAGACAAGCAUUGCGAUUGUUAGCCGCACAGAUGGUGCAAAACCACAAUUUGUUAAACCAAAGAAUAAAAACAUUACUAGUGAACCUGCUUCAAAAGAUUAAAACGAUAAAUGAAUUGACAAAAGCGAUACUGGAAACUAGUACCAAAGUGGCGUCUUCGGAAAUAAAGGAAAGAAGUGCCUGGAAAUUUGACCGCAAUGGCAGUUUUUGGGAAUACGAUGUCAAAAAGAUGGAUGACAUCCGAUUUAAAGAAAACUUUCGUCUGAACAAAGAAGCUUUUCACAAAAUAUGUGAAAAGGUUAAGGAAAUCGGAAAGUCCAACAGCAACAUGCGACUUUGCAUUCCACUUCAGAAAAGAGUGGCUAUUACGUUGUUUGCGUUAGGUUCUUCAGCGGAAUACAGAACUGUAGCAAGUUUAUUUGGCGUAGGACGCACCACAGUUGGGCAAAUAGUUGUGGAUUUUUGCAAAGCUGUGUGCACAAAUUUAUCAGAUUGCAUCAAUUCCUAUCCCCCAAGCACAGAAGAAGUAGAGCGAAAUGUACAAGGUUUUGCACAUCUUGGUUUUCCGCAAUGUUUUGGAGCAAUAGAUGGCUGCCACAUUGAGGUUCAGCCGAAAAAGGAAGAUGCGAUCGAUUAUUACAAUUAUAAGGGGUGGUAUUCGGUUGUUCUGCUGGCAAGUUGCGACUAUAGAUCAAAAUUUACAUAUAUACAUGUUGGGUCAACUGGAAGAAAUAACGAUUCGUACAUUUUUGAAAAUGAAGGUGAUGGUGACGGCAGCGGACAUGAUGGUGAUGGUGACGGCAACGAAGGUGGCAGCGGACAUGAUGGUGGUGGUGACGGCAACGAAGGUGGCAGCGGACAUGAUGGUGGUGGUGACGGCAAAGAAGGUGGCAGCGGACAUGAUGGUGGUGGUGACGGCAACGAAGGUGGCAGCCGACAUGAUGGCGAUGGUGACGGAGGUGAUAAUGGUGGGUCGGACGGCGGCAACAAUUGUGUUAAUGUUGAAUUCUAAAAAAAUA